CUACCGUAACAAUCACAUGUAAACAAUAGGCCACCCGGCUGGGGACGUUUCUUAGACAGGCGAGUCAAAAGAAGAGCCAACGACGUUUCUUUAUUUGUUAGACUCUUUUUAUUUGUUUUGCUUCGUUUUGACACCAUGAAUAGGAAAGAAGGUGAAGGAUUUAGAAAACGAAAACAAGACAGCUUACUGACUCAGCCCAAAAAAGAUGAAAAAGACAACAAUAUCAAUAUAUCAUCACCAGUAAUGAUGGCCUUUAAAGCAUUUCAGGUAGAAUUGGACACCAAACAUGAUAAAUAUGAAAGACUUGUGAAACUUAGUCGUGAUAUAACCAUUGAAAGCAAGCGGACCAUUUUCCUUCUUCACAGAAUGACCAGUGUCCCUGAUGCAGAAGUACUUAAAGAGUCUGAAUGUAAAUUAGAUGGUAUUAGGUUGAAGAUCAAACAGAUAGCCAAAGAACUCAUUGGAGAAGAUUUAUACCAGUAUCACCGUGCUUUUACUCCAGGGAUACAAGAAUAUGUUGAGGCUAUAUCUUUCCAGCAUUUCAUUAAGGAACGUUCAUUGCUAAGUCUGCAGGAAAUCAACCAACGCUUGAUCUUUGCUGACAAUGAAAACAUUGAAGGAUCACAGGGCACAUCAACUGAUCAUCCAGAACAACAAGGAAGAGUUUUAUUUUUUCAAGUGACUGCCAUUGACUAUCUCUUAGGAAUAGCGGAUCUUACUGGAGAGCUAAUGAGGAUGUGCAUUAACAGCGUUGGCAAUGGGGAUAUUGAAACACCGUUCAAGCUCUGCCAGUUCCUUCGCCAUAUUUAUGAUGGUUUCUCGUAUAUUGGCAACACUGGCCCAUAUGAAGUCUCCAAGAAGCUGUACACUUUAAAACAAAGUUUAGGAAAAGUAGAAGAUGCUUGCUAUACACUAAAAGUGCGUGGCUCUGAAAUUCCCAAACACAUGUUGGCUGAUGUGUUUACAUCAAGAGCUGCAAUGAUUGAACCUGAUGAAGUAAUGUCCUAGUCAUAAAAUGUAUGUUUCCAGAGAGUUAGCAGAAACAUAGCUAUUUGUUACUCAUAGUGCUGAAUACAUAUUGUUUACUUGUGUUAGUUACCAGAUCACAGGCUUUCGUUAGCAAUGGCAAGAACACAGCCUUAUACUUGUAAUUGUUGGGUGUUUCAAAAAGCAAAGAUUAUAUUAUGGCACUUAAUUCUAGGUAAUCUUGAAUUUAAUACAUACUCAAUGGUGUUUCUGUUAUUUACAAGCUACAUGUAAAAAGCAUAAUUUGAUUCCAAGUUUUUUUCCCCAGACUUUAAAUGUUUUUAUCAUUUAAUUUGUAUUGAUUGACGUACAGUACAUGACCUCUGAAAGGUGGAAAUAUGACAUCCCUUGAAUGACAUCUCCAUACAGAAAUGUGAAAAAAUAAAAAUAUAUAGACUGGGGAGUAAAAUAAACAGAUCUGUGCCUGA